UGAAGCUGUGGUUCUACUAUUAUGGGUUGGUAAUGGUGGGCGCGUGAUUUUGAACAAAUAUAGAAUGCCUGCGCAAGGAACAGGAACUAAUAAAGAAGAAAUUCUAAUUGUGAGAACGGGUUCUGGUACACAAGAAGAAUCAACGGGAGGAAGUUCGGAACUUGCCAACAAUGUGAAUAAUUCAAAUAUUACGAUGAUACGGACGUCUUCCGGUGUGGUCCUGCCCCAAACGUCGACCGCUGGAUGCACAGAGAUGACGACUUUUCAGUCCAUUCAAGCAGAAAUUGCCAAAUUACAGGAAGCUGGUCUGGUUUCAAAGAACGAGACCAUUAUUAUUCAGGCACCAGCCGGCGUUGUUGAUUCGUUAAAGAAUAGUUCACAAUCGAUCACUGUUAAUACAACGACUGCGGGAACAAACACGAAGGCUGGGGGUGGCCAGAUGCAGGUUUCGGUUGUUGAAGUUCCUGUCAACGAUGAAAAACCUGUGCUGAAAAGACAGCUCCCGAUUAGUAGUGCCACUAGUCCUGUUGUUACCAAGGUGAUAAUCACAAAGAACCCAAACACCAAUCAGCCGCAGCCUGUGCCGGUUGAAAUGUCUCAGUUACAAGGUCAGACCAUUUCCUUGAGUUCGAUGUCGGGGGGCAUGAACACAAUACAGACGAUGAAACCUCAGACAAAAACGUACACAAUCUCCUCUCAGGGCACGUUGUCACCUGUGAAAACUGUUUUAGGGGGGCUGCCGGGAACGCCCACAAAGUUGACGAUACCCGUGAGUCGGUUACCGGUCUCUCCGUCCAGAACUCAGACCAAGAUAACUAUGAUACCAGUGUCAGUGGCCAAAUCUCCACAGAGGAUUAUCGCUGUGUCGUCAGGGAGUUCUCUCGUGGCACGGACUAUCACAGACAUGUCUAAUACACAGACAACAAGCACUGCGACAUUGUCAAAGCCAGCAACAAUUACUAUGUCCCCAUCCAAAGUCAUAAUUAAGCAUGGCAAUGGGCAAAAAGCAACAGUGCUAGCCCAGGUGAAGAAUCCACCGGCGAUUGCUCCUGCCCAACCUGCCAUUCGACCUCUCACAUUUGGAUCCGGUAUUCAACAGAUACAGGUCCCGGGAAGCAAGUUCCACUAUGUGCGACUUGUUUCACCCACCUCCACAUCUAACACAGUUCAAAAACCCAUGUCAUCAAUAGCACAAGUUGUUCAUACGAGCCGGCCUAUCGCACCAGCAUCUAUAUCUACCAGCACCCAGUCUAGCUCAUCUCAAGUGAAAAUCACAUUGCCUAUUCAGGCUACACAAAUGGUUACACCAAAGUCUGUGUUAUCAGGUCAAAAUGUUCAGCGGAUAUUGCUUCCCAAUACCACGCCGAUUCGACCUGCGACGACAACAGUUCAGAUCCGACCGGCUAGUACGCAGAAUGUUCAGGGGUUGCCGCCAGGGACAGCAAUUCUCUCGAACACUGGAAACAUACCUGGUCUGCAAGGGUUUGCCCUGGUGCCUGCCAAUUACGUUGCACAGAUUCAACAACAACUGGGUAAAUCAUCUCAGCAGCAAGUGACACAGCAGUCAAACCAGGCAACAACUCAGCAACAGCAGCAGCAACAACAACAACAACAGCGUGAUUAUAUACAAAUUGCCAGCAGUGACCCAAAUAUCACAGCCAAUACCAUUUCUAGGAACUCUGUUAAUGGUACAACACUUGAAGCUACUGGUGCUCGUCCGAGAAAACCAUGCAACUGUACCAAGUCUCAAUGCCUAAAAUUAUACUGUGAUUGUUUUGCCAAUGGCGAGUUUUGUCACAACUGUAACUGUACGAGUUGUGCCAACAACUUGGAACAUGAAGAGGAGAGGUCACGCGCCAUCAAGUCAUGCCUCGACAGAAAUCCAAUGGCAUUUCACCCGAAGAUUGGCAAAUUGGGUAGGGGUAGUGCAAAAGAUGCUGGACGUAGACACAACAAGGGGUGCAACUGUAAACGGUCGGGCUGUUUGAAAAAUUAUUGUGAAUGUUACGAGGCCAAAAUUAUGUGCUCAAAUAUAUGCAAAUGUAUUGGUUGUAAGAACUUUGAAGAAAGUCCGGAGAGAAAGACUUUAAUGCAUUUAGCAGAUGCUGCGGAAGUAAGGGUACAACAACAAACUGCUGCAAAAACUAAACUUUCUACUCAGAUGUCUGGGUUACCAUCUAAACCUCCACUGUCAUCAGGAAGUGGGGAAAGAUUACCUUUCACGCUGAUAACAACAGAGGUGGCUGAGGCAACGUGUGCGUGCCUGUUGGCACAAGCCGAAGAGGCAGAACGUUUGAAGAUGCCGCCAGUCGUUCAAGAGAGAAUGGUCAUUGAAGAAUUUGGCCGCUGCCUCAUGCAAAUUAUAGAGUCGGCAAACAAAACAAAAAUUGGAGAUCCUGUCCUCUGAUACUCGUCAUAAUAAUGAGUUCCAUCAUGAACCCAAGACUUUGCUCGUAUGGAAAAGCUAGUGCCAUUAAGAAGCGUGAAACUACUAACGGAACUUUCCUCUUCAAAACAUAACAUUGCUUCAGUACAUAACGUUAAAGCAGUUUUGAAGGAAAUCCAAAGUGAUUGCUACACCUGUUGAGUUCACCAUUCAGCUGAGUUGAUGAUGGAGCAUUAUGUAACAGACAGUAUGAAACAUCAGUACAUUACUCACAGUAUAGGAACAGUAUAAUAAUUGAAAUACCAGACUAAUGCAAAUGGUAUGAAAUAACAGUAGUGCUGACAGUAUAUAGUAACAGUAUAAUACUGAAAUACCAGACUAAUGCAAACGGCAUGAAAUAACAGUAUAGUACUGACAGUAUAUAGUAACAGUACAAUACUGAAAUACUUGACUAAUGCAAAUGGUAUGAAAUAACAGUACAGUGCUGACAGUAUAUAGUAACAGUGUAAUGCUGAAAUACCAGACCAAUGCAAACAGUAUAAAAUACCACUGCAGUAUAAUAACGAAAUACAAGACCAAUACAAGCAGUAUGAGAUACCAGUACAGUACUGAUCGUAUAUAAUUGUGUAGUACAAAAACCACAGUUUAAAAUAAGUAUGAAAAAGCAGGACAACGUUGGUCAUGAAAUAUUAGUACAAUACACAGUACAAGAUUGGUUAUAUGAAAUACUAGUAUAAUACUGAAGUAUGAAAUAUCAGUACAGUGCAGAAAGUACGAAAUACCAGUACAGUACAGUACAGGCAGUAUAAAAUAUUGGUACACUACAAACAGUAUGGAACAUAAGUACAGUUCUAUGUAUAAAAACAACAACAGUAAAUUUCAUGGAUUACAAACUGAAGUAUUUUCAUCCCUGUGACUGGGCUCCUCGUGGCAGCUACAGAAGUAGAAAAUACAAGUCAUCGUUUGUGGAACAGACUGAUAGAGACACCAGCAUCUGCACUCUAGCAUUUGUAUGUAGGUGUCGCGGAUGUUGGCAAAAGGUGACAAACAGAACAGCAGUGAACUCUGAUAUUAUCAUCAUGCUGACCUUUACACAGCAAAAUGACUGGACAGAAGAUGAGAUAACAUGUACUGACAGACGCCGUUUUAGAGUUCACGGUUCAUUUAAAUAACACCAAAAAACAAAUCGGCAUUUCUGAUCAAAACAUUGUAAUAUUAUUAGAUUGUGCUGAUGAUCGCAGUAAAAAUUCUUGGGGAAAAUCUUUUUUAAAAGUUGUGGAACAUCACUGCAUUUGCUUGAUGACAAAAUGUAUGAGCCCUGCUUUCUGGACUUCAGCUUCAUUUUGCUCUUCACUUGGUCAGUACUGUUCUCAGUUUGUGAAAAUUUACUCCAGGAUCGUCAAUCCAUGCACGGUUAUGUCCCUUGUUCGAUUCACUAUGCCACUGUGCAGAAGUGUUUUUCUGCAUAAAGACGUUGACUGUUAUUAUAAUUGUAUAGCUUUUUUUAAUAGUGCAAUUGUUGACGGACAUUAUACGUUAAAUAUUUAUAUGUUACACUUGUGUUUGCAAGGAAUAUAUACAUAUAUAUAUAUAUAUAUAUAUAGAUAUUGGGUAAUUGCCAGAGGCAAAGACACCAAAGUAUUUGAAUAAGAUAUUUUUUGUGAGCCUUAUCCAGAACAAAAAUGUCUUAUUCAUCAGGUGGUAUUUUCAUCAAGUGAUAUUUCUUAUUUUCAUCUGUCAUCAGCUGUAGAUUUAGUUAAUCAUUCUAAAGUGUUCUUGGGUGUUCUAUUUUUUUUUUCAUUAUUAUUAUUAUUAUUGUUUUAUCAUUGUACUUGUAGUUUGUGCACUUUAUCCUAUUUAGGAUUUAAAAAUUUUAGGCAGCAUUUCUUAAAUGCUAACUCUAGAGUUGAAAUAAUUGAAGCCAUUUUGCCAAAGGCAUGGUUGCAUUUUUAAAAUGGUUUUGUUGCAAUGUCCCAGUAACAGUGGUCGCUUUGAUAUAAUCAGUAACUAUAUGUUCAUUGUUGAGAUUUAUUUGCUAAUUCAUUAAUGUAUUGUUAGGUCACAUGUUUUUGACGGAAGUCAUUGCUGACUCAUUAAUAUGCGAACUCACCUAUGUAAUUUUUAUCAAAUUAAAUUAGUAUGUCAUUGUGGCAAAAAAAACAGAUAUUUGUUUGGAUUGGCAUGGUAAGAUAAGAUGUAAGAAUAAGAAAAACCCCAACUUGAUUGAAUUUAUUUUUCUCAGCUCCCUGAUCCCCCCACCCCCAUCCCUGCCCACAAUGUAUGUGGUGUAAGUGCAUCCUGGACUAGCUCUGGGUAAGCAGAAUAUUUCUCCAAAUUAUUUAUUAAACUUCAAAAAUUGCAGAAACCCAGGUUGUUGUUUUUUUAAAUAUUAAUUAUAACAUAAAAUUAUCUUGCAAAUAAAAUAUAAAAAAAAUCACUAAUUGUUUCUAAAUUCGCAAAUUUCUCAAGUGCAAUAGCUAUCCCUGACAUCAGUGUUUGACGAAGAGAGUGAUAGCUUCCACAUUCUCAUCCAUUGGUGUGUAGAUAGAUAGUGCAUGCAUAUUCACCCUGUAAGAAGAUCUACUGAAGACCCAAAGAAAUGCAAACCCAGUGUUAUGUUUAGAAUAUGUUGACUUGAUUAUAAAUUAUCAGUUCUGUGAACUAGUAAAAGGUAUAUCCUCCUCAAAAAACUAACUUUAAUGUUACAGCUGAAAAUUAUAUUUGCAUUUCUUUUGGUGUUGAAUGUAUUUUCCUAUACGUGUGUUUUACAGAAAUUGUAUAUAUUCGAUUGAAAGUUUGAUGAAGAGCUCACCUUAAUUUUUCAAGAAGUUUUUCACAUUUUUUGUCCAAAGUUGUUUUCAUCCCUGAUCCAGGUACCAACGAAAUAUUCAUGCAUCUGGGUUGUUACCCAUCACCUAUGUCUCUUUUUGUCUUGCCUUUAUGAAUUAAACAAGUAAGAUAUAGGUAUUACAUUUCUGACAGAAGCAGCAGCUGUGAUGGUGUCAACUUUUGAGCUAAAGUUUCGCAUUUACAUCAGUUUUUAAUAAACUAUAAGCCCUAGGUCAAUGAAACUUGGUUUAUAGUUGCACCUAUGGAAGUUUAUCACCAUAAAAAAUUUGUUGGCAACAAAUUUAAUUCCACAGAAUUCUUGUUCAGUGUUGCCAUCUGUGGUAUCUCUUCACUUCAUCCCACUUAUUGUUAGAACAACUCUUUAACUGGUGGUCUCGCAUUGGUGGAAUAAGCUAGUAGAGCCCCUUAAAUGUUAACUUAUUUACGUACUGUGAAUAUGUAAAUGGAUUUUGGGUUUAUGUGAAUACCAGCUGUCUGCAAAACUAUUUUUCUUAAUUCUGUGACUUUAUUUUCCAAUUUUGAUGUCUAUUUCUCCCAUUGAACUAUUAUGGUCACUUUUUUAAGCUUUUGAAACAAGAAAGCUCUUUUAGUUUUUUUUAUAAAUGUUCACAAACCACAUUCUGCAACAGCCAACUAUUACCACGUAACUAAAAUAUACGUAAGCAAAUUUUUAUGGGUAAAUGUAUGUUUUUAAUAAAGAUGUUUGGUACUUGGGAUUCUUACGUGUCCUGAAAAUCCUGGAAUGUCCUUGAAUUUUGUAAUUUUAAAAUCCAGGUCUGGAUUGUCCUAGAACAAACAUUAAAUUUUAUUGUGUCCUGGAAAUUAAGGCAAAAAUGUUUUUUGCAUCUAUACUUUUAUUGUCGUCAUAAACUGUCUAAAUUUAGACAACAAUUUGUUAUAAAAACAUUCAUUAAUUGAACAUUUCAUGUCCCUUUUUUUUUUUUCAAGUGUCGGAACCCUGGUACUACUGAUGUUAUCAUCAACAAGAUCCAUAGUAUGGUAUUGUACCAUGUUGGACACUCAGUCUUGCAAAAAAUUUAAUAGGAAAUCAAUACCAUUUUGGUCAACAACAACAAUAUCAGUGAGGGGAUUGGUUUUUUUUUUUUUUUGGCUGUUUGUUAUCAGAGCUUUGCCCAUAUUGGGAGCUGUUGUCCAUCCUCAUGCAUUUUCACACUGUAAAUUAAUUAAUUUGGCCUGUCUCUUAUUCGGUAAAUUACUUAUGCUUUAAUAAGCCUGGAUCAUUGUUGACGGUGUCCACCAUUUUGAUCUUUUAUAAAAUAAUUUUAUACUAUCUUGUAAGAUCUUUCCUUGUUCAGUUUAUACCCAACACUGUGGUUCAGCAGAGUUCAGACUAAACUCUGCUAAACUAUUACAGAAAAUACAUUUUGUUGUGGACCCGAAAAGAAAUUAAAUGUGUGAUAGGUUUGCAUAAUAUGUUCCUUGUCUGAAUGAAAUUUAUUUCUGCUCAAUAUUGUAUUUGAAUGUGCUGGCAUAAAGAUGAAUUUAGUACAGAUGGUGGAACUUUUUACAAUUUAUGUUUUUCCAGUUAAUAUGCAACAAUUUGUGGGAUUGAGAAAUGUGUGGUUAGUUAACAGAAAUGUGUGUAAAAAUAUCGAAAUAUAACAUUUGUAACUUAGAGACUGCAGCUUUUAGAAGUACAUGCUGUAUACUAUAAACUGGGGGGUAAAAAUGCAUGUUUAUAAAUUUUGCCUAGUUCAUGCCAAACCUUAAAUCCUGAAAUUUAUUUACACUCAUUUUUUUCCAAGUUAGAAUGUGCUUAAGACACCAAUGGUUGGUUGUGAAAUUUAUUUAAGGUGAAUACUUGUGAAUAAAAACAUCACAGUAUUAACAGGGCAGUAGUUAGUGGGGUCAUUAAACAAAACUAACUCUUUUUUAUCAAUCUCUCGUCUUUUGAUUUAAUUUACUCUUGUGAUGAUGUUGGUUUAGACCGACUCAAAUUAAAGUAACCUUUCUAGCAAAUAAAGGAAAGUUGGUUUAACAAAACACGAAGAACAUUUCAAAUUAAGCAUAUCUCAUGCCAUUAAUUUGUGUAGCAUAUAGACAGGUUUAGAAAAUAAAGUCUUCAUUGAAAAAAUUAAUAUAAAAUACAGAAAUGGCUUUUUAACUCUUUUUUUUUUCUUCUUUAAUAAUGACAUGUAGGCCAACACGUAGUAUUGAAGUAUCCCAGUGUUUGAAGUAUUUUUAUUACUAAAUGAUAAUAGCUGUACGUGUGGUUAAGAUAACUGAAAAAUUAUGCAGUGUUCUGUCUUAUGGAUAGUUAACUCAUAAUUUUUGUGGUCUACUUCUGUUGAUUUUUGCAUGGUGCUUUCAGUGUUGUAGUAUUUUUCACAGAAUUUAUUUUGAUGUAGAAAUUGAAUGGAAAUGCAUGCAAAAGUGAAUGGAUGUGUGUGAAAAUGUGUGCAAAAUAAUUUUCACAAAGACUGGGUUUGAUCUGAAAUGGUUAUAUUUUCAAACAGGUAUCACAUAUCUGAAUGCUUUGAAGUGUAAAUUACCAUGACGUGUAAAUUACCAUGCUGUAAACCAUGCCAGUAGAUCUGGUCUCCUGCUUAUUAAAUGUUUCAAGUGUAAAUUUGAGACUCUCUUACGGUAUAGGCACACACCUUUUGGCUGAUCCCAAAACUACAAAUGUGGAGAUAAUAAAUAUUUUUUUAAACCAAGACUGUGUAUUGUCUAAUAACAUUUUGAGACUAACCUUAUAGCAGUGUGUACGUAUUGCAUUUGUGCGAUGUCAAUAAAAAUUAGAAUCUAGA